AUGAGGUGGAUACUGUUCUUUGGGGCCCUGAUUGGGUCCAGUAUCUGUGGCCGAGAAAAGUUUUUCGGGGACCAAGUUUUUAGGAUUAAUGUCAGGAAUGGAGACGAAGUCAGCAAACUGAGGCAGCUUGUGAAUUCGGACAGCUUCAAGCUCAAUGUCUGGAAAUCUCCCACCACCUUCAACCGGCCUGUGGAUGUCCUGGUUCCAUCUGUUAGUCUGCUGCCAGUCAAGGCUUUCCUGACAUCUCAUGGCUUAGAAUACUCAGUGACAAUUGAAGAUAUACAGGCCCUUCUAGAUAAUGAAGAUGAAGAAAUGCAACACAAUGAAGGGCAAGAACGGAGCAGUAAUAACUUCAACUAUGGCGCCUACCAUUCUCUGGAGGCUAUCUACCAUGAGAUGGACAGUAUUGCUGCAGACUUCCCUGACCUGGCAAGCAGGGUGAAGAUUGGGCAUUCGUUUGAAAACCGGACGAUGUAUGUCCUGAAGUUCAGCACCGGAGGAGGCAAGCAGCGGCCGGCCAUUUGGCUGAAUGCAGGCAUCCAUUCCCGCGAGUGGAUCUCUCAGGCCACCGCCAUCUGGACUGCGAGGAAGAUUGUAACUGAUUACCAGAAGGAUCCAGCCCUCACGUCCAUCUUGCAGAAAAUGGAUAUUUUCUUGUUGCCUGUGGCUAACCCUGAUGGAUAUGUGUACACACAAACGCACAACCGGUUGUGGAGGAAGACACGGUCUCUAAAUCCUGGAAGCCGCUGCUUUGGCACAGAUCCGAAUAGAAAUUGGGAUGCUAAUUUUGCAGGAGAGGGAACCAGCAACAACCCUUGCUCCGAAAUAUACCACGGACCCCACGCCAAUUCAGAAGUGGAGGUAAAAUCAGUGGUUGAUUUCAUUCAAGAGCACGGGCAUUUCAAAGGCUUCAUUGACCUGCACAGCUACUCUCAGCUGCUGAUGUAUCCCUAUGCGUACACAGUCAAGAAGGCCCCAGAUGCCGCCGAGCUGGAUGAGGUGGCGAGGCGUGCGGCCAAAGCCCUGGCUUCCCUGUCAGGCACCAAGUACCAAGUGGGUCCCACCUGUACCACUGUCUAUCCAGCUAGCGGGAGCAGCGUUGACUGGGCAUAUGAUAAUGGCAUCAAGUACGCCUUCACAUUUGAGCUGAGAGACACAGGGCACUUUGGCUUCCUCCUACCAGCCAAGCAGAUCAUCCCCACUGCAGAGGAGACCUGGCUGGGACUGAAGGUCAUCAUGGAGCACGUGCGGGACAAUCUCUACUAGGCGAGGAGCCCCAGUCUGUGUGCAUUUAUUUGUAUGCACGUACGCACACACUGAGGUUGCCAUAACAGGAGCACACUCCUGCAUGCAUCAGAGCCCACUGGGUUUGCAUAGAGCAUAGGCCAGCCCUCUCCAGCCCCGUCCUGGGGUCUGCAUGUCCGGGCGGGGCCUGCUGUUUUGUCCGGCCUUUAGCCUUCUGGGUGUCUCUCCUUCCAUAGUGCUGGCUGCUCACUUGCACUUGGGACCACCCCUGCGUGGGCAGCAUGUCUCUACCUCAUCUUUAGGGCAAAAGGUCACUAGAGACAGUCCUCUAGCCUCACUUGUGUCUAGUAAAGCUGAUAACCUUCCUCUCAUCAGCCCCUAUGUGGGGACACUAGCAAAGACAAUGGGGGCUUCCAGGUGGCUCUCAAUGAUGUUCCAGAACCUUUGGUAACUUUCUCACUCUAAAACCUAUUUUUCUUUGAGCAACGAAUCCUGUAGGGGGCCCAGUCACGGUGGCAUGUACUGGACCCCGUUGCUCAGGAGGCUAAGUCCCCGUGGGAGACCCAGGUUCAAUUCUUUGCCUACCCUAAAAGCCAGGCACUGUGGCAUAUCCCGGUAGUAUCAGCUAUUUGGGAGCCUGAGACAGGAGAAUCACAGUAAGAGACCCUGUCGAUAUAACAACCACAAUAAAUAAGAAAAGGAAACAAGAUAAAACAAAACACACACACACACACACACACACACACACUCCAGCAUGAUCUUCAGUAGAAGCCUUCCUGCCUUCAUUCCCACAUCCCCUUUUUUUGUCCGAAUACAAAGUAAAGGAUCACUUCCUACUGCUAGGCUUAAGAAUUUGCUGAUACUACAGUUCUCACUUUCUUCCCUUUCUUAUUCUGUGUAGCUGCAAUCCCAGAGGGGGCUCUGGGUCACCAUAGGUGACCUAGGGACCUCGGAGGAAGGGGUGAUCUAAACUGCCGGAUUGCUAAAUUAUCCCCAUCUGUCCUGAGGGGCUCUCCUCCACUUUGCCUUUUGAACUCACUUCAAAGAUCUUGCCCUCACCCUGUAGGCCCUAAAUCAUCCUCUGGCCUGGACAAUCUCACUGCUUGGCACAUUCCUGCCCCUGCUCUAGCAUACCCUGUGUUUCCGUCUCCUCUCCCUCUCUCUAAAGUCAUUGUUGUCUCUUUUACAUCCUGGAUCGUCAGUACCUACGUGGAGCAAGAAUUCAUCUUAGAUGCCUCUCGUUGCAUUUCUCCUCAGCACGUACCAUCUGUCCUUUUUUUUUUUGGUCUUUCAUGUUUUUGUUUUUUGCGUUUUUCAAACAUGCCUGUAAAUCUGAACCUUCUGCCUAGGAUUUGUGCAGCAUCUGGUGUGUGUUCAUAAGCCAAUAAAUAUUCAA